AUGGCGGUGAAUGAGGCGAAGGCAGAGAAGCCGGAGACGCGAGUUCGCAUCCUGGAAAAUGCUGCGGAGUUCGGCGAAGGGCUCAUAGAGGCAGCGUGCGCGAAAAGCGGUAAUGAAGAUUGGAAUAAUGAAGUUGGAUCGGAAAGUGGAAACGGCGACGGCGAUGAGGUAGGGAGCGAAACCCAGGGCCAAGUCAGAGAAGAAGGUGAAGAUGCUAUUGAAAGAAGACUUGGAGACAAAGCGGGCGGAUACCCAGGAACACGUCUAAUUUUCAAAGUCGGACAUCCCCGACGCCGUUUGGUAGCAGUGGAGGUUCUCUUCCGCGUCGCCGACCAAUGCAGCCACCGCGUGCAUCUGAGCUCCGUUGCUGAAAAUCCAUCUCAGGCAGUGAAGGCGGCGUCGGGUGAUGGAUGGAGAGCGCCGGUCGCCAGGGGCCGUGGGCGCCGCUGUUCCGCUGCCGGGGAGGGCUUCUACCGGACGCGCGUCCGACUUUGCAGCGUGUUCUACUACCGGUGCGUGUCCGGGCACCGGGCGAGCCGGGGCGCCGCAGCGGGGCGCCUGCUCACCGCCUUACGAGUUCCGCUGGCGGCCGCUGGGGCACGUCUACGACCCGCGCGGGCAUCACCGCCCUGCAAACAGGCGCGGGCGCCGCCGCACGCUCCGGCUGCUCCUCCGCCCCGCCCGCCGCUACGCCCGCCCCGCGCGCCCACGCCCGCCACCCUCCCCCAGCGGCCCUACUACCCGCAACACGAAGCCACCACGCUGAAGGCAGGCCUGCGACCGCCGAUGGCAGACGAUGAAGUGAACGAGGUGGACGGCCCCAUGUCGGACGAAGCGGCUUCUGACUCGUCGUCCAACGGCGAGUGCACGGGCGAGGGCUUCUUCCCGCACCCGAAGAACUGUCGCAAGUUCUUCCGGUGCGUGGCAGGCUCAGGGCGAGGCGGCUACACGCGCUACGACUUCGAAUGCGGCGAGGGGACGGCGUGGGACACCGAAAACAACGUCUGCAACCACGAACGAGACAUCAAGCGGGAUGGCUGCGGCAAAGGCGGCGGAUCCGGUCAACAGGGACAGGGUGGCAGCAGUAACGAACCAAGUAGUACUCCUGGAUCAGAAGAUUCCAAUCCGGCGAAUGGAAGUGGUGCUGGAGGUGAAAAUAAUACUGGAAACGAAAGCAUCACCGGAAACGAAAACGGUACUGGAGACGAAAGCAGUCCCGAAAACGAAAACGGUACUGGAGACGAAAGCAGUACCGGAAACGAAAACGGUACCGGAGACGAAAACAAUGCUGGAGACGAAAGUAGUUCUGGAGAUGAAAACAAUACUGGAGGUAGUACUGGAGAUGAAAGCAGUUCAGGGGGUGAAGGCAGUCCGAAUGGUGAUGGCAGUUCUAACGGAGAAGGAAGCCCCAGCGAUAGUGAAAGUUCUGCUGAUAAUAGUGGUAGUAACCCGGAAACUAGUGGAAGCCCCGGAGACAGCGCUUCUGAAAGCGGUGAAUGUUCCGGAGAGGGAUUCUUCCCAAAUCCUAAAGACUGUAGAAAGUUCUACCGCUGCGUAGCCGGUGGAGGCCGCAACGGCUACACUCGUUACGAUUUCGAGUGUGGUGAAGGAACUGUCUGGGACACGGAUAACAACGUUUGCAACCACAAGUGGGCUGUCAAAAGAGCUGGCUGUGGUUCGGGCGGUGACAGCUCCAACGAAAUCCCUCAAGGUGGCGAAGGCGGUAGUAGUUCAGGAGACAGUGGUAGUCCUGGGGAUCCUAAUGGAAGUCCGGGUCAAGGUGGGAGCCCCGGAGAUCCAAAUGGAAGCCCUGGUCAAGGUGGGACCCCAGGAGAUCCAAAUGGAAGCCCUGGUGAAGGUGGAACUCCUGGAGACGGCGGUAGUCCUGGAGAUGGAGGAGGUAGUCCUGGAGAAGGAGGUAGUCCUGGAACUCCUGGAGAAGGAGGUAGUCCGGGAAGUCCUGGAGAAGGAGGUAGUCCGGGAAGUCCUGGAGAAGGAGGUAGUCCUGGAAGCCCUGGAGAAGGAGGAAGCCCGGGUAAUCCUGGAGAAGGUAGUCCUGGCGAAGGAGGUAGUCCGGGAAGCCCUGGAGAAGGAGGAAGCCCGGGUGGUCCUGGAGAAGGUAGUCCUGGCGAAGGAGGUAGUCCGGGAAGCCCUGGAGAAGGUGGCGCACCUGGGGAAGGAGGUAGUCCUGGUAGCCCUGGUAGUCCUGGCAGUCCUGGAGAUGGUGGAGGCUCAGGCGAAGGUGGUCAAGGCGGGAGUCCUGGUGCAACACAACCUCCUACGCGCCCUACCGACGGCCAGCCAGCUACCACACCAUCUUCAGAAGAUACUGCUACUGAGCCUUCUAGCUCUCCAGAAGGCUCCGACAUGAGCAUGGGGACAGAAGACGGCCAGUGCACUUCAGAAGGCUUCCGAGGGGUUCCUGGGCGCUGUAAGAAGUUCUACCGCUGCGUAGACAACGGUCAAGGAGGUUUCACACGCUACGACUUCGACUGUGCGGAAGGUACUGUUUGGGACCCAGAUAACAAUGUCUGCAAUCAUGAUUGGGCCGUCAAACGAUCGGAUUGCCGCACCGGCGGGAGCGACUCUGGCAACGAAGAAGCUACCACUGACUCUUCCAUGGCAAUAAGGUCCACGACAUCUUCCACCGGACAGUCGUCUAGCGGACAGCAAUCGACAACAACAACAUCUAGCAGUUCUAGUAGUUCCAGCAGCUCCUCGAGUUCUAGUAGCUCUUCUCAAACUACUACUAGUUCAGGCACCACGACAUCAUCACAUCAUGAAUCGUCCAACAGUUCCUCUCAACAAUCUAGUAGUAGCUCUACAACCACCACGACUACUUCCGGUAGCAGUAGCAGCAGCAGUAACCAGGAAAGCAGCUCUACCACUUCUUCAUCAGAAUCAUCAUCAGAAAGCAGCCAGCAAUCUACUUCUUCAUCUGAAAGUUCGCAGUCCUCUUCUGAGAGUUCGCAAUCACAAGGCAGCCAGACGUCCACUACAUCCAGCGGUUCUUCAGACAACAAUCAGUCCACGUCGUCUGGAAGCAGUUCUUCAACGCAGUCAGGAAAUAAUCAAUCUUCAUCUAGUGGCGAAUCGACUAGCACAACUAGUGGUAGUGAAUCAAGUUCAUCUUCUAGUGGAAGUCAGUCAACCACCUCUGGCAGCUCAUCGUCUUCGGAGAACAGCCAAACCUCUACCACAAGUGGUAGUCAAUCAUCAACAUCCGAAAACCAGUCUGAAAGCAGUCAAUCCUCCACUACUUCUGGAAGUCAGUCAGGAAGUAGCGAAUCCUCCACCACCUCUGAAAGUCAGUCUGGAAGUAACGAAUCAUCUACCAGUUCUGGUAGCCAGACAUCUACAUCGGAAAACCAGUCUGGUAGUAGCCAAUCUACGUCAUCCGGAAGUAGUGAAAGCAGUCAAACAUCAGGAAGCGAAUCCUCAAGCGGUAACGAGUCUUCGUCGUCGUCGUCCUCAUCGGGCAGCGAACAGUCGAGUUCAGGAUCACAAAACCAGGGCCAAGGCGGAAGUGGCACAUCUCCAAUGACUCCCAGCCCGAGCGCGACAACGCAAGCUCCAGACGCCGGAAGCAAACCCGACGAGAGCGAAUCCGCUCCUCCAGCAGAAACUGGCGGAAGCUCCGGAUCCGAAUCUCCCAGCUCCGGAUCCGAAUCUCCAAGCUCCGGAUCCGAAUCUCCUAGUUCCGGAUCCGAAUCUCCAAGCUCCGGAUCCGAAUCCCCAAGCUCCGGAUCCGAAUCCCCAAGCUCCGGAUCCGAAUCACCAAGCUCCGGAUCCGAAUCAUCGAGCGGAUCGGGAACGCCAUGUGAUAACAAGGAAAAGGAAAAGCCCAAGAAGCCGAAGUUUGAAUGUAAGCAGGCUGGUUAUUAUCCUCACCCCACUGACUGUAAAAAGUUCUACCGCUGCGUCGACUGGGACGGCGAUAAAGGCGAGCGCUUCUCAAUCUACCACUUCGACUGCGCCGAAGGCACCAUCUUCGACCCAUCGUUGGGCAACUGCAACCACGAAGAGAGCGUGUAUCCGCCGCGCGAUUGUAGUGGAGACGGCGGUGACGGACCGCCGGCGGAAGAGUCCAGCUCUGCCACUCCACCUACGUCAACUACACAGGGCACGACGACAGGUCAGACAGAGGGGCCCCCGGAGACGGGAGGCGAGGAGGGUGGACCCCCGUCAGAGAGUGAAACAGGAUCCACUCCUUCGCCCACUGAUAGCACUCAACCGCCCACCGACGGAACUCAACCACCAACCGACGGAACUCAACCACCAACCGAUGGAACUCAACCACCAACUGACGGAACUCAACCACCAACCGACGGAACUCAACCUCCCACUGAAACUACCCAACCGCCAACGGAUGGCACGCAGCCUCCCAGUACAGAUGGGUCCGAGACGACGCAGCCUCCGACUGACUCCACUGGAGAAACAACACAACCUCCAACCGAUUCUUCUAGCCCACCCACCGACAGCACAAAUCCCCCGACGGACAGCACAAACCCACCCACUGACAGCACGAAUCCUCCAACCGACAGCACAAACCCACCCACUGACAGCACGAAUCCUCCAACCGACAGUACGAACCCACCCACCGACGGUACAAACCCACCUACUGACAGCACCAAUCCACCUACAGACACCACGAAUCCACCUACCGACAGCACGAACCCACCCACUGACAGCACCAAUCCACCUACAGACAGCACAAAUCCACCUACAGACAGUACCAAUCCACCCACCGACAGCACCAAUCCACCCACCGACAGCACAAAACCACCUACCGACAGCACAAACCCACCUACCGACAGCACAAACCCACCCACCGACAGCACCAACCCACCCACCGACAGCACCAACCCCCCACCAACAGACAGCUCCGGAGGCACCACCGCCUCGCCGGAGACGGGCGGCGAAGAGACGUCAUCUCCCGCGGAGUCGACGGACGCGCCGCCCACAAACGGCACUUCGCCGGGCGGCGCGUGCCCGGUGGGCGACCUCGAGGAAGGACAGGUGGCCAUCGUGUGCCCGUCGGGCUUCCGCCGCCACCCGCGCUACUGCAACAUGUUCUACCAGUGCACGCAGAACCGCGACGGCUCCGAGAUGAAGGUGCUCAGCUUCUCGUGCCCGCAGGACCUGGUGUACGACGAGAAGCAGUUGUGUUGUUCGUGCCCACAGGUGCCCAUCCGAGACGACAAGCCUCUGUGCCCAUCGGUGGGCUUCUUCCCGUUCGAGGGCGACUGCCACCUAUUCUACCGCUGCUGGCGAGCUCCGGGCGGCCGGAUGACGGGCCAGCUGUACCAGUGCCCCGAGGGCUACGCCUUCUGGGACGUGUCGCGGCGCUGCGAGCGGGUGCACAAGCUGCCGGCCUGUCUGCGCGGCCGCUACGACGCUGACGCCCCCAACAUCCCGCCCUGGCGCCUGCCCGGCGGCUCGGGCCCGCCGGUCGAGACGCGGAACCUGGGCCAGCGCGCGCUGCGACCCGCGCCCGCCCCCGCCGCGCCCUGA